UGAGUCAAUUGAUGAUGUAUGUGAAAUGCAUGAUAAUAGGCGUGGUCGAUUCGUCAAUAUUCGGAGAAUGCGAAUUUUGACGAUUGAAUUGGCCAGGGUGUGAGAAUGGUUCGAGGAGAGAGACUUUUCACUUUAAUUUGAACCAUUCAACUAUAAUCACUCUUAAACAGUAUGACUAUUGUCAUCUAAAUUUUAUUGUAAUUUAUUAUAAACUAUUUUUAAAGUGAAGUGCCAGAUUCGCGCAGUAUUUAAAGAAGAUUAAUGAUCUUAAGGAGUUAAUUUCUCCGAUGCCGAGUGUGGCACUUCAUUAGAGGCUAUCGAUUCACCAUAUUGAACGGAGCAAUAUAACACGGGCCUCUGGAUCUUGGGAUCCGGAUCCAUUUGCACGAUUUCUUUUACACCACUUUGUCAACUUGGUUGAAGAGUCUCUCUCUCUACCUCUCACCGGAACAUCACGUUCUCAGGGUGUGCGAAACCGAACAUUGUUCGUUUAAUGCGAAAGGGUAUUUCUAUAUCUGGUAAUGUACCUCAACAGAUAUCGUUUAUUUAAAUUGUAUGUGUCUCAUGUGGAGUGACUUUGCAUUGAUAAAAGAUUAGAGCAUACUAUUUGUUAAAAUCAUAAUCACGUUCAACUUUUUUAUUGUUUUAUAACCAGACGAUUUAUUUAUUAAAUUCAGAUUACCAGAAAUUUAUUGUCCAAUUCUUUUUUCAUUAUUAAUCUCCUUCCGACAUUAAUAAUAUAUUGUAACAUACACGUUUAUUAUAUUUAAAUAUUUUAACUUUAAAGUAAAGGGAGAGUCUAUUUUAACCGAUUAAUUAUCACAGUAUUGAUAAUUAAAUUAAUUUAUGAAACUUUCUUAUAUCAAAUCAAAUAUAUCCUUACAUUUGGCGCCCAACGUGGGGCAAUACAGUUCAGGACUGUUGUGAUUGUAUUGUUCAUUUCACUUUCUAAUUACUAAUUAGUCAUUUGAUCAAAUCAAUAAUAUUGUGUAUGAAAAGUAAUUAUUGUAUGAAAGCGAAUUGAGUGUGAUUGUCUCUCUUUUCUCUCUUUCUAAUAUUUACUAUAAUUGUUUUUAAAUUUGUUCGAUUGAAAUAUUUGUGAAUUUUAUCAAGCGGAAUUUUAUUUAGUAUAAUGCAACGAAAUUUUAAUGAUAAUAUGAAUCGAAAUAAGCCCUGGUCUGAUUUAUACUCAAAUCGAGGUGAUGAUAGGCGUGACAGAUCUCAUAUGUAUGAGACGAACGAUUUGCACAGACAAGAGGACGUACACGUCCUUAAUUUACGUAUAGAAAUUUUAGAAAACGAAGUCAAAAGACUGAAAGAAUUGUUUUUUAAUCAGGGUUCAUAUCCUAAUCAUUUUGCGUCUUCUCGCGAAAAUCAGAUUGAUUCGAGUUUCGAUUGGUCAAGGUUAGCACGAUACGAGAUGACACUCCCGACAUUCGCGGGAGAGUUAUCCGAUGAUCCACAGGAGUAUUUGCGCGACAUCGACCAAUAUUUGCUUUUCAAAAAAGUUCCGUUUGAGUAUGCUCCUAAAAUUAUACAAAAUUCUCUCAAGGGUCAUGCCCGGACUUGGUUUGAUGCCAAUAAAUAUGACAUUAUGAAUUUCAAUCAAUUUUGUGACCGAUUUCGAGAGGAGUUCUUAUCGCUAGAUGUACAGGAACGCAGAAGGGAUCGGUGGCGUAGUUUGAAAUAUUAUCCAAAUCAAGAAACGUUGGUUAAUUUCUUUUAUAAUCAGCGCAGUGAGGGUAUGCGGAUUCAACCACCCAUGUCGAAUUACGAGAUAAAUCGAAUUAUUAUAUCACAAUUGCCAUCUAACGUUCAGGUCGCGUUGGCUGGAUCCGAUUUAUCAAAUGUCAAACAGGUAGUGCAUUCUCUGACUCGGAUUGAUGACGCUAAUGCGAACACCGGUCAAAGAAAUUUCGACAAAUCGUCUAAUAGGGACGAUAGGAGUGCGCGGGGAAGUUCGCAGUUCAGCAGUGUAACGUCGAGUGCAUAUCGCGCCCCGCCUGAACCGCGACCGGCUGAAAAUAAAGCACAAACGGAAUCGGCAAAUAGGUAUGAGAAUCAGAGUAAGGGAUCUACAUGGCGAAAUAAUUCUCAAAAUUCGAAUAAUCGUGGGGGAAAUAUGCCGUCGAGAAACCAAACGAAUGGGAAUAGAAAUUACGACAAUUCGAACCGGUAUCCGCCAAAAGCAAAUUCUGGGGGUACAAGACCAAAUAACGUCGCUGCCGUUGACACGCGGGAGGAGCUAGAUAGUUCGGGAAGCCUCGAGAAUCUUCGUAACCUGGCAUGUAAUGUAGGCGCGAUUAAUAGUGGGAUAGACGAUGUCCCCACUAACGAAGAUGGAAAUUAUGGGGAUGAGUAUAGUCAGGAUGUGGGGGAUUUAUCGACAAAUAACGAAAAUUCACGAAUGUCGGGAAACGACAGAGUGGCUCGCGAGGAUUAGGUCCUGCUCCGAGCCAUAACGAAAUUUUAUCAUACAAGGAUCUGGUAUAUGAUGCGUUAGGAGAGGAGAAACCACCUAACAUACAAAAGCGGGGAUCUCAUAGUCCGAGAAUCGUAUUCGA